AUGUCAGCUUCAAUUGUCGAGCGUCUCAAACAGUGGACUACCUGCGACGUUGCAGAUGGCCUGAGCAAACUCAAGCACCCCCAUGGCGGUUUCCUUGACGGCUUGACCAUGUACUCUCCGGUCUUCCAAUCCGGGCCGACCAAAAUAGUUGGCGAGGCAUUCACCGUCAAAUUCGUUCCAAAAUCCGACACCGAGUCCCCCAAAGUCCAAGGGAACUAUAUUGACCAAAUCCCGCGAGAUGCUGUGGUCUUCAUCUCACAGCCGUUGCCUCACGUCAAUGCUGUCUACGGUGGUCUCAUGUCUUUGCGCGCCCAGAAGCUUGGUGCUGCGGGAGUUGUUAUUGACGGACGGCUGAGGGACCUUCAAGAGCACCGUGAUUUGGGAUUUCCGAUCUUUGCAAGGGCGGUCGGUACCACUGCUGGUGGCGCAGUUUGCCGACCUUCGGCCAUAAAUGUGCCAGUGCGCCUCAAUUCAGCAGACCAAGAGGCGUGGAUUGAGCCUGGUGAUUACAUCAUUGCUGACCUGAAUGGUGUUGUGAGAGUCCCGCGAGACCAAGCUGAGGCUGUGCUUGAGGCAAUUCCUGGAAUUGUCGAAGCGGAUGAGAAGUGCGGAGAAGGAAUCAAGCAAGGAAGGACAGUGGAAGAAGUUUUCAAAGAGUUUAGAGGAAGGUAG